UAUCUUUUUCUAUUUUUAUAUCCGACUGUAUAUAAAUAUCGGCAAUAAUCGCGAAACAGUCCAAUUUUUAGCUCUCUGACUUACCACGUGGAAACCCCAUUGAACUUUCUUUUAUAAACAGUUCACGAAACUGACAACAUGCCUCUUGCUAAAGAUUUACUUCACCCGACAGCUGAAGAGGAGAAGAGGAAGAACAAGCUGAAGCGGCUUGUUCAGUCUCCCAACAGCUACUUCAUGGAUGUCAAAUGUCCAGGCUGCUACAAGAUAACCACAGUAUUCAGCCAUGCCCAGACAGUGGUGUUGUGUGUCGGCUGUAGUACUGUCCUGUGUCAGCCAACUGGUGGAAAGGCACGCCUCACCGAAGGUUGCUCGUUCCGCAGAAAGCAGCACUAGAGGGAACAUUUGUUAUCUUGUCAUUGUGAUUGAAGAGACAUUAAAAUCAAUCAUUCACAAAC